AUGACCACCACCACCACCCACCUCGCCGCCAUAACCCCAGCAAAAGGCCAACCAUUCACACUCCAACUCCGUCCAACCCCCAAACCAGGUCCGAACGACCUCCUAAUCGCCGUCAAAUCAGUCGCCCUCAACCCCGCAGACGCUAUCAUGCGAGACCAGGGCCUCUUCAUACCCACCUCUACCUACCCAACGGUCAUCGGCUUCGACAUGGCCGGACUCGUCCUCGAAGUCGGUGUCAACGUCCCACCCUCCUUCAAACCCAAUACACGCAUCGCCGCCUACUCGGCCUCGGUCUGGAAAGCCUGUGAUCCGGACUAUGGUCCGUUCCAGGAAUUUUGUCUCGUUCCUUGGCAACACGGCGUUGCUUUGCCUGAUACCAUGUCUUGGAACCGUGGGUCGACGCUGCCCGUGUCUGUCCAGGUACCUCUCUGCGCAUGGGAUAUGAUGGGGAUUCCCCGGCUGGGCAUGGGCAUGGGUAUGGGGGAACUAUCUCAGACCGACGACUCAGCUCCGAUUACCGCACAAAAAACAGAAGCCCUCCUCAUCUGGGGCGCAUCGUCUAGUGUCGGGACAAUGGGUGUACAAACAGCCCGAAUUCUACGAGAUGAUUCGACAUCUUCGUUCGGGGCUGUGUAUGCCACGGCUGGGGCGGUUAAUCUGGACUACGUGAGUUCGCUGGGCGCGGACCGCGUAUUUGAUUACAAAGAUGCGCAGGUUGUCGAUGCGAUUAUUUCGGCGGCGGAAAGGGAUGGGUUGGUUAUUCGAUUUUGUUUUCUUGCUACUGGACUACUUGGGCCUUGUCAGGCUGUGCUGAAAGCAUUUCGGAGGGGAGGAGGGAUCACCAUGACGACAUUGUCCAAGAUCGCGUCGGCGCCUCCGGUUCCUCAAGAUGCGGAGGUUGUAAAUGGGGUUGAGACGAUAUUUUUGAUGCCCUCUAUGGUUGAAGAGGAGAGUUUGGAGCAGUUUCGGUACUGGAUUGGGACGUGGUUGAGGGAAAAUUUGGCCAAGGGGGGUGUUAAGCCGAGUCCGGAGCCCAGUGUUGUGGGUAAGGGUUUGGGGGCUAUUAAUGCUGGGUUGGAUAAGCUACGCCAGGGUGUGAGUUGUACGAAGUUAGUUGUGGAGAUUGCGGAGUAA